AUGGCCCGGCUCUCUGGUCUCCAGCGGGAGGUCCUGUCUCUGUACCGAUCAUGUCUGCGUGAGAUCCGCAACAAGCCCGCUGUGGGUGUUUCUCUCCCUCCUCCCCACACUAUGCACACUUUUCUGACUGCCCUUCUCCAGGAUUCUCGCAAUAACUUCAAACGAUAUGCACGUGCGGAAUUCCAAAAACAUCUCUCGGUGAAUAAGAAGGACUUUAGCACCGUCGAAUAUCUCUUGCGCAAAGGCCACCGCCAGCUAGAGAUGUACGCUUCCCCGGGAAUUCGCAACAUCAGCUAA